GCUUCCCGGGAUGGCGGCGGCGGCGGCGGCGGUGGAGGUGCGCGGGGUCCCCGGCGACGUGGCGGACGAGCUGCUGGUGCUCUACUUCGAGAACCGGCGGCGCUCGGGCGGGGGCGCCGUGCAGAGCUGCCGUCGGAGGGGCGCCCGCGCCACGCUCACCUUCCAGAGGGAAGAGGGUGAGUCGCCCGCCGGGCAGCCCAGGGGCGAGAAGAGCUCUGCCUUUCAGGGGGCGGCAGGGGGCAAGCAGAGCAGAGGGCACCGAAGGGAAAGAAAAGGUCUGGGGUGUUUGGCAGCGCCCCUCCCGCUUUCCAGGUGAAAGCAGGAGCCCCCUGGCACAUGGGGGGGGGGAGUGCGCCCCCGUGGGGGGGCCUGGCAGAGUGGGGCGGGGCUGCCUGCUUUGCCCAAGUGCUCCCUGGAAAUGGAAAGGGGUUGCAGGAAUUUAUGUAUAGGUGGGGGGGGGGUUUGGCCCUCCAGCAGAUCUCAUGCACAUGCAGCCCACUACCAAAACCAGCACAAUCCCUUUUGUGACUUGUCCCCACAAAACACCUCAUCGCAGUUUCUUCCUAUCUGUUCAAAGGGCCUCUGCUGCACAAUACAAAACGAUAAAUGUAUCUCUGUACUGGCUCACUGGGAAAACUUCAGAAAUUCCUAUAGACAUGUGAGCUCAGCUCCUCAGCAGCCCCUCUGCCUGAGUGAUAAUCCCUGGCCUCCUGAUACCUGAGUGCCAGACAGGUAGCCAUUCCAGAAACAACAAACCCAGAUGGAGACAAAAGGGUGUGAUUAACUGGGCUGGGAAACAGGGAAAUGUAAAGAUCUCUUUUGUUACACUUGAUGGGUGUUUGGUGGAGGGCAAGGAGAACCAUGGGGCAGGGUCCAGGAUGCUCAGAUUACUGCCACCAGACCUCCCCUUUCAUGAUGUAACCGUGAUGUAGUUUGGGGAGGGUGUAAUAUGGGGAUUAGCAGCUAAUAAAAGUUGGGGUUCUCUUUUGUUUGGGGCUUCCAUCUUGUUCCACCUGGUGGCAGGUGGGAGUCCCGUUGCGACAGUCUUCAAUCAAGACCAAGCCUACUGGCUGCUGUUUUGCUCUGGUAUUCCUGGCUGCUGUCCUUGUUUUUUGUCCAAGGGAGCCCUCAGAUUUCUCCAUUAACAAAGGGAACCCCGGGGGUGCGGCAGCUUGGCUGGCUGGCAGGAGAUCCUGCCAUCCUUUGCAGUUCCUCUCCUUGGAGACUGUUGCUCCCGUUUUGUAGACAGCGCUUGUCUCCCGCAGCCACGCCAGAAAAAUUCUUUUGGUCUGCAAACAUGGAAGAAAAUUUGUAUUGCACAAAAGAGGUGGGGGGAGCACUUGUUGUCAGCCUUACUGUGGGAGAAAGGCGACUCACAUCAUCAUCAUCAUCAUCAAUUUAUUAUUUAUACCCCACCCAUCUGGCUGGGCUUCCCCAGCCACUCUGGCUGGUUCCCAACAGAACACUAAAAACAAAAUUAAAAUUAAAACAUUAAAAGCUUCCCUAAAGAGGGCUGCCUUCAGAUGUCUUCUAAAAUCAGUAUAUCUGAAGGAGUGUCUCCCCCCCCCAAUCAUUCAGCCCGGACACCAGGGUCCAUCUCCCGAGGGCCUUCUGGCGGUUCCCUCGCUGCGAGAAGCCAAGUUACAGGGAACCAGGCAGAGGGCCUUCUUGGUGGUGGCACCCGCCCUGUGGAACGCCCUCCCACCAGAUGUCAAAGAGAACAGCAACUACCAGGCUUUUAGAAGACAUCUGAAGGCAGCCCUGUUUGGGGAAGCUUUUAACGUUUGAUGUAUUACGGUAUUUUAAUAUUUUGUUGUAAGCCGGCUAGAGUGGUUGGGGAAGCCCAGCCAGAUGGGCAGGGUGCAAAUAAAUUAUUAUUAUUAUUAUUCCUUGACAUCUGAUGGGAGGGCAUUCCACAGGGCAGGCGCCACCACCGAGAAGGCACUCUGCCUGGUUCUCUGUAACUUCACUUCUCGCAGGGAGGGAACCGCCAGAAGGCCCUCAGAGGAGGACCUCAUAGCGGCCAUGGGGAGGGAAGGGGGAAGCAGGAGGGCAGCUCCCCUUCCAGAAGGGGAGCUAGAAGCGGGCCUUUACACAGCAGAAGAGCCCUGCAGCUGGAUCGGGCCCAUCUAGUCCAGCCUGCUGUUCCCACGGUGGCCCUGCGGAUGUCUCCAUGGGAAGCAGGGGUGCCUGGCCCUUGGCAUGUCAUCUGGGAGUUCAGAUAAUCCAGGGGUGCUUUGCUGCGCUGGUGUUGCUGUAGCCCAGAGUGAGCGGGCAACCUGUGGUGCCCUCCAGGCGCCGAUGCAACUCCCACCCACCCUGACCAUUGGCUGUGCUGCCUAGGGUGAAGGGGGUCCUGCGGCACCUGGGGGCAGCAGGUUCGCCCUGCCUGCUGCUGCCGCUCCAGCCUCUGGGCCCCCCAGGAAUGGAGACCCUGGGCUGCUGGCUUGGCGCUUUCUCUUCUGCAAGGUGACCUUCUGGCCUCCUGCUCUCUCCAUCCAGAUGCCCAGCGGGUCCUCUCCAGAACGGACCACCAGCUGCAGGACGCCCGCCUGACGGUGCACCCGGCCGCCCCUCGGGAUUAUGGGAAGGUGGUCCUGCAAGGCCUGAACCCCCAGACCAGCCGGGACCUGGUGGAGCUUUACGUGGAGAGGAUGUUGAACUGCGAGAGUGGCGUCUGCUCCGUCUUCCGCAGCCCCAGAGGGGAUCAGGCCCUGGUGCAGCUGCCCAGUCCGCUCAGCAACGCAAGUACGUGUGUGUCUCUUGCUUCCCUCCUGUCUUCCUCGGGGGGGGGGGGCUCUUCUUCCUUCCUCUGGGCUUCUUCCUCUUCACUCGGUCUCCUCUCCCUCUCGUCCUGGCAGAGUUCCUGGCCUUGGUGGAGCAUGUGGAGAGUCGGCCGCUGGAUGGGGCCCGCCUGGCGCUGGACUGGGUGGAGCAGACGGACGGUGUGCUGGUGCAGUGGGGGGAGGGCCCCCGCCCCAGCCCCCUCAGCCAGGACCUGCUGGAGCUGUACUUUGAGAGCAAGCGCAGCGGUGGGGGGCCAGUGCGGGCCAUCAGACUGCUUGCGGGGGCCACGGUGGCUGUCGUUUCCUUCCAGAACCCGGCAGGUAAGGGCUGAGUCUGGAACUCUCCUCAGACUCACUUCCUCCGGGAAGGCCAGGGGGUGUUGCUGGCAUCCUCUGUCAACCUGAGGGGGGCAGUUUAAAAAUUCAGGCUGCCAGACCUGAUGGGAUUCAGUUAUUUAUUUAUUUUAUUUGUACCAUCUGGCUGGGUUUCCCCAGCCACUCUGGCCGGCUUCCAACAAAAUUUUAAAAUGCAGUAAUGCAUCAAACAUUAAACAGGGCUGCCUUCAGAUGUCUUCUGAAUGUCAGAUAGUUUAUCUCUUUGACAUUUGGUGGGAGGGCGUUCCACAGGACGGGUGCCACCACCGAGAAGGCCCUCUGCCUGGUUCCCUGUAACUUGGCUUCUCGCAGUGAGGGAGCUGGAUGACCCUCGGACCCCUUCCACCCCUACCGUUCUGUGAUUCUAUGGCUCAGAAUUUGGAGUUUACCCGCAGUGGCGGUGAUGGCACUUCACCCUGUCUCCUCUCCCUCUUCCCUUGCAGUGGUGGAGAAUGUGCUGCAGAAGACCCACCGCCUCCAGGACCACAGCUUGGCUGUCUCCCCCCACUACGACUUCCUGGAGCCCCCAGAGCAAGAAGGGGCUGAGGUGGACGGAGCCCCUCCAGGGGACACGGGGACCCCCUUCGCCCUCCUGCCCCUCCCGGAAGCCUUCCCCCGGCAGCUGCUGCAGGUGGAGCUGGUCCUCCGGGAGCUGAACGCCCCUGCCCCGGAAUGCGUGGUCGCCCUGGACGAAGCCGGCCUGCGCGUCUCGGGGGGCGACCCGCUGCGCCAAAAGUGGCUGCUGGAGCACGUCCAGGGGGUCCUGCAGAACGUGACCCCCGAGCGCCUGCCCUUCUCCGCCUGGGUCCUGGACUUCCUUCGGCAGGAGGAUGUGCGGCGUCGCCUGGCGGAGCGGCUGGCCGAGCGGGGGCUGGGCGCCUGCUUCCUCCCUGCUGCGGACGAGGUGCUGGUGGCGGCCCUGAGGCCCGAGACGGCCCGCCUGGCCACCGAGCUGCUGGGCGCCUCCCUGGGCCGCUUUGCCCUGCCCUUGUCAGAGAGGCACCUGCCGGCCCUGGCCUCCCCCCGCUGGGCCCAGCUGCAGGAGACGCUCCCCUGCUGCCUGGUGCGCCUGGAGGAGGGCGGGGAGCGGCUGGAGGGCCUGACCCUGGCCGGGAUGGAGGCCGAGAACCGGGCGCGGCUGGCGGCCUGCCUGCAGGAGAGCAUGCCGGAUGAGGCCCUGGUGGCCAUGGAGCCGGGCGCCCUGCGCUACCUGCAGAGGUACUACCAGGAGGUGCUGGCUGGCAUGGGCAGCGUCACCCUCCUGCCCCUGGAAGGAGACGACGUCACAGGCUUGCGGGUAAGAGAGGGGCUGCUGCUGCUGCUUGGGCCCGUGGGCAUCCUGCUUCUCAAUUUGUCUUGUAUUAUUUUAUGUUCUGUGCCUUGCCGUUGUUUUAUUGAUUACACUGGUCAACAACAAAUUUGUUGUCUGCGUUUUUGCAGUUGAUUUAGGACGAAUCUGAUGCGCUGAAUCCAAAAAUCACAUUGGUUUUGCUCAAUCAGGUCAAGUUUUUGAGCUAUGGCCACAUGUCGUUUUUUUACGUUUUUGUUCACAUGUACGCUUGUGUGGAGCAUUUUAGAAGAAGUUGGUGGGGAUAAAAUGCCAUGUCGAAUAAUUGUUUUGAUUGGAAAUGAUUAUUUUAAUGACAAGAAGUAUUCAGGUCCGAUAGUGCUGGGUGAUUAUGUCAAAAAGGGAUCAGUUUAAAGCCAUAAAACCUCGAAAUCUUCCAUAAAUUGGUGCGGCAAAGCAUAAAGUUGGGGGAUCAAAACUAAGUUAAUGGGGCAGCCGCCCCACGAAGUGUAUAGGAAACUCCACCCGCGCAUGCUCCAGCUUAUGACUAAUUUGAAGGUGGAAAACCUCCUCUCUGACAGUGCUCGCAUCAGCUUCUUCCGCAACAGGCAUCAAGAGUACCUCCGUUUUUUCUCGGAAGAGAAGGACUUGGUGUACUGUGCAGAUAUUGCUCAGCUUCUGCUCAAGCUUGGAGUGCCACAGUACGAAUCCAAAGAUUGGAGACUGUUCAUUGACAGCAGCAAGCGAUCACUGAAAUGUGUUCUGCUACACAACGGCAACCAGUUUGCCUCUAUACCCCUGGCUCACUCGAGUACACUGAAGGAGAACUAUGAAGCGGUGAAGUAUGUGCUGGAGAAAAUUGGUUAUGAUCAGCAUAAGUGGUUUAUUUGUGUUGACCUGAAGAUGGUGAACUUUUUGUUGGGACAACAGUCUGGCUUCACCAAGUACCCAUGUUUUCUGUGCAUGUGGGAUAGUAGGGACCGUGCUCAGCAUUACACGAAGAAGGACUGGCCUGUGCGGGAGGAAUUGGUGCCUUGCAGAAAAAGGAACGUCAUCAACGACCCUCUGGUGGACAGAGACAGAAUACUCUUCCCACCGCUGCACAUCAAGCUCGGCUUAAUCAAGCAGUUCACCAAGGCUCUGGACAAGGAUGGUGACUGCUUCAUUUACUUGUGCCAGGCUUUUCCAGGAUUGACCAUGGAGAAGUUGAAAGCUGGCAUCUUUGACGGUCCUCAGAUCCGUCAGCUCAUCAGAGAUCCAGAGUUUGGAAACUCAAUGAACAAAGUGGAACUGGAAGCGUGGAAGGCAUUUGUUCUGAUAGUGAAGAACUUUCUUGGUAACAAUAAGGCCAGAAACUACGCAGAAUUUGUCAACAACAUGCUGACUGCUUUCAGAAACCUGGGCUGCAACAUGAGCGUCAAGAUGCACUACCUAUUUUCACAUAUGGACCGGUUUCCUGAGAAGCUGGGUUCAAUGAGUGACGAGCAGGGGGAGAGAUUCCAUCAGGACAUGAAAGAGAUGGCGACCAGGUAUCAGGGUCGCUGGGACACAGUCAUGAUGGCUGACUACUGUUGGACUCUGAAGAGAGACCUCCCUGCCGCUGAGCAUUCCUGGAGUUCCAAGAAACGGAAGUUCAAGUCCUGAAGUUUGAAAAAUGGUGAAGCAACAUGCAAUUUACGUGUACUUACCUUUAUCAAUGCCCACCAUUCAGUUUACAGUAAACCUGACCUGAUGGAGAGAAACGGAUGCCAUUUCCUGAUUCAGCAGUGCAAAAAUACCCUAAAUCAGUUGUAGAAAUCUAGACAACAUUCAAAAAGUAAAAAAUUGUUGCCCAGUGUUACCGUUUAGAAAUUAGUUAUUGUAACUGUUGAGUGGAUUUCUGUUUAACUUUUAUAUGUUAUUACCGUAUUUUUUGCUCUAUAAGGAGCACUUUCCCCCUCGUAAAAAGUAAGGGGAAAUGUGUGUGCUUCUUAUGGAACGAAUGCAGACGGGAGCCUCUGCUCAGCGCUCCCUUUCACGAGCCGCAUGGAGCGUGUGCGCAGCUCUUGCUGCCCUUCUCCCUCCUCGGGGAAAAGCCUGCAAGCGCCGCACACACGCUCCACGCCGCUUGUUAAAGGGAGCCCUGAGCAGAGCCUGGGAUGCAUACACGCUCUGCUCAGCGCUCCCUUUAAAGAAUUUUUUCUUUCUUGCAUUCCCCCUCUAAAAACUAGGUGCACCUUAUGGUCAAGUGCAUCUUAUGGAGUGAAAAAUACAGUAUAUGUUUUAUAUGUUAUUAUUAUUGUUAUUUAAUAUUAUUGUAAUGAUUGUUGAAUGUUACUUUUUGAUGUAGCUUGCCUAUUUUAAAGUUUCACUAUCACAUUUUUGUAUUGCAUUAGAUUGUUAUAAGAUGUACAUUUUUGUUUCUUCAGCUUGUAAACCGCCUUGAGUAUUGUAAGACAGAAAGACGGUAUACAAAUUGAAAAAUGAUGAUGGUGAUGAUGUCCCCAGCAAGGUGGACGCCCGGAGCCAUAGAACUGCAGAGUGGGGAGGGACGCCCAAGAGGGAAAUGCAGCAGCCAGAUCAUGCUGCCUCCAUGCCCCCCCUUUUUCAAUUCCCACCCCCUCCCAUGUCGUCUGGCACUCAGAAGCCCUUUCCAAUUAUUUUGAAUUACUGUGCCUCCUGAAUUGUAUUCAUGUUUUCGCUGAAUUUUUUUGCUCGCUUUUGAGACUCCAGUACCAUUGCAUCCUUAUCUGUGUGAUUUCAAACGCACCUGGUUGAGUUCCUGCGAGUAAAAUACGAGCAAGACAGAGAGCUUAGAAGCUCUUUUCGCGCUGGAAAAACCUGGUGCAGAAACAGCUUCUAAGCUCUCUCUGCCUUGCUUGGGGAGGGGGCCAGGCUGUCUGGGGCGCACCAAUUCUGAGCUGCCCUCACAAGAUCUGGCAGGGCUUCUGAGCUCCCGCAAGAACUUGUGCAAGCAUCCCUAGUUUUCCAGACCAAUGUGUUGAGCGGCCAGCAAGACAGAGAGCUUUAAAGCUAUUUUUUGCAACUCAUGCAUGGCUUUUGUUUUUCCCCAAGGAUGCAAUUUGAGUACAGUUGUACCUUGGUUCUCGAAUGCCCAAAACUCGGAAGUAAGUGUUCCGGUUUUUGAACGUUUUUCAGAAGCCGCACAUCUGACGCAGCUUCCGCUUCAGUGUAGGAACUCCUGCAGCCAAUCGGAAGUUGCGCCUUGAUUUUCGAACGGCUUCGGGAGUCAAACGGACUUCCAGAAUGGAUUAAGUUUGAGAACCAAGGUUCCACUGUGUGUGUUUUUUCAUAUGUGUGCCCCUCCCGGAACGUGGCCCCUGUGCAAGAUGUGACUGAACCGCCUGGCGAUUGCCACACUUCUUGUUCUGUGACGCUGUUGUGAUACUUCAAGCUGCUUUGAGCUGGAUCUUUGUGGAAUGCAAACGUCUCAGUUGCCUCUGCUCUCCUCCUGCUGUGCAGCUGAGUGGGGAGGCCAGAGCCUGCCAGGCGGCAGCUGAGCUCCUGCAGAGUCUGCUCAGCGCCAUCCACACCCAGACCGUGACGCUGGAGCUGCCGGGCAUCAGCCGCUUCCUGCUGGAGAAACGGGGUCAGGAGACGCUGCAGGAACUGGAGAGGCGCUUUCGUUGCACCAUCGGCCUGGAGAGGGUCCGCUGGAGCCCCCCAGAGACGCAGGUGGGUUCAGGUGCACUUUUUCGGGGGGCAGGAUGCCCUGGAAAAGGGGAGCUCAGGAGGAAAGCGGGAAGGAGACACCCCCCGUGAAUGUGAAGGCCAAGCGGCUUAGUGGUGGGGCCUUUUCUGCAGUGGCUCCCCUUUGAUGGGACUCCCUGGGGAGGCUCACCUGCUGCCUCCACUACAUAUCUUUGGUUUUUAAACCGUCUGUGGCCACCUUCUAAAUGCACCUUGGGGGGCAGAAUUUUUUUUGGUAUUAUUACAUUCUGCACUUUAUGUUCUUAUGUCUUAAACCGCCUUGUGAAUUUUGGAUGUAAGGUUGUGUAUAAAUUUAACAAACAACAACAAUAAUUUUUCCUGGGGGUGAAACCAUAUUCCAGCUGAAGGUGGGUUUCCAGUACCUCUCCCUUUUUCCUUUAUACUUUCAUGGUUUACUUCAUUUUCAUGGCUGGGGUAUAAAUAAUAAAAUUAUUAUUAUUAUAAUAUGCUAUGUGCCUUUUAUUUUCUGGUACGGUGCAUAGAAUCAUAGACUUGUACGGUUGGAAGGGGCCCUGUGCAUCAUGGACUCCAGUACGUUUCUGAGCACAAUUCAAAGUGUUGGUGCUGACCUUGAAAGCCCUAAAUGGCCUCAAAGGCCCAGUAGACCUGAAGGAGCGUCUCCACCCCCAUUGUCCAGCCCGGACACCUGGGUCCAUCUCCAAGGGCCUUCUGGCGGUUCCCUCGCUGCGAGAAGCCAAGUUACAGGGAACCAGGCAGAGGGCCUUUUCGGUGGUGGCGCCUGCCCUGUGGAAAGCCCUCCCACCAGAUAUCAAAGAGAAAAACAACUACCAGACUUUUAGAAGACAUCUGAAGGCAGCCCUGCUUAGGAAAGUUUUUAAUGUUUAAUAGGUUAUAUGUAUUUUAGUGUUUUGUUGGAAGCCGCCCAGAGUGGCUGGGGAGACCCAGCCAGAUGGGUGGGGUAUAAAUAGAUUAUUAUUAUUAUUAUUAUUAUUAUUAUUAUUAUUAUUAUUAUCAUCCAGCCCCCUGUGGGCAAUGCAAGAAUCUCAACAUGUGCCCCCCCCCCACUCUGAAACCAGACCGGACUCUGCUUGGCUCUUCAAAUGGCUCUGACUUUCCUUCCCCCAAUUUCUCCCCAGCACGAACUGGAGACGUCUCAGGAGCCGCUGGCGGUGAGCUGCCCACGAGAUGCCCCCUGUGGGCAGGAGCGGCUGGGAGCCCCAGUGGGCGCAGCUGGUGAGCCGAGUGACGCCAACCUGGGUAAGAUCCUGCACCCUUCUCCUGCCUGCCUGCUCUUCCAGGGAUGGAGAGGAGAGAGGCGCUGUGGGGCUGGCGCGAUGGAGGGGCGUUGAGCUUCCUGCCCUUUCUUGCCCUCUGGAGAUUCCCCCCCCCCGUAAGACUUGAUUUAAAUCACUUUUUUACAGAAAGACUCAUUCUUGCUGGUAUAAUCUUAAUAUUUACAACCAGAUGAAGGUUUCAUUUUUGGAAUAAUAAAUUUUCAGAGUAGUUUUUACAGUUAUAUCAAAAAUUUCUGAUUUGGUUAUACUAUUAGAAAUACAAAGACAGAUAAUUAUGAAAUUAUUGUGAGGUUUAAUAAGUUAACUGUUUAUAUUUGGACAAUUUUUCUUCUGGACUUUAUUGGAAAGAGAAAAAGUAUCAUUUCCUUCAUAACAAUUUAAACAAUUUAUUUAAAUAAAGCAAUAAUGUUGUAGCAUAUGUAUCCAUGUUUGUUAACUGAUGUGGUUAAACGAUUUUUCUAACAGAAGACUUAGACUGAGUUUUAGCACACAUGAAAAACUUAAAACAAACCCUUAUUUCCUGAUGAAUAGCCUUUGGAUUAUAAUGUAACUUAAAUAGAAAACUAUCAUUAGAAAGAUUUUUCCUCCGAAAUCAUUUUGUUUUAAAAAUCCAAUUUAAAUUUUAAAAAUGCGAUUUAAAAUGUAAAAAAUCUUAUUUUUAUUCUUACUUUAAAUCAUUGAUUUUUAUCCACCCUGCCAGAGACCCAGAGGAAUAAAUCAUAAAGUCACUAUUAUUAUUCAGAUUCCUGCAUUGCAGGGAGUUGGACUGGCCCUGAAGACCCCUUCCAACUCGUAUUUACAGGACCGCCUCUCCUGGUCUGCCCCGCAGAGGACAUUAAGGUCCAUGAAUAACCAUAGUUUAGAGGCCCCAGGCCCUAAUGAAGUCAGACUAUCCUCCCCCAGGGCCAGGGCCUUCUCAGUGAUGGCUCCCACCUGGUGGAAUGCUCUGUCCCAGGAGACCAGGGCCCUGCAGGAUUUAACCUCCUUCCGCAGGGCCUGUAAGACAGAGCGAUUCCGCCUGGCCUUUAAUUUGAAUUCAGCCUGAUCUUUAUUUCCGUUCCCUUCCCUCACCCGCUCUGGGAUCCCACAGCUAAUUCUCCCCUGGCCUCCUCACUGGCCCAAGUAGGACCAAUUCAGCCAGCUAGCGCUGGGGAUUAUCUAAUUGAUUUUUGAAUUUUAUUGUUAUUCAUGUUUUUAUACUGUAUUUUAUGCUGCUUUUACAAUUAAGUUUUUUAAAUUUGUUGUUAGCCGCCCUGAGCCCGGUUUUUGAACCGGGAAGGGCGGGGUAUAAAUAAGAAAUUAUUAUUAUAAUUACGAUUCUAAGAUGGGGGGGGUCUCCUCUGUGCCUCCUCCCUCGAAGGCCCCUGUUCAGAGAGGCCGGCUAGGGGAGCCCCUCUACCUGGGGGGGGGAGCGUGGGUCGGCUUGUGGGGCUACAAGGGGAGUGAGCCCCCUCCCUGCCCACAUUCUGCCCUCUGACGACCUCCUCUCCCUCCGCAGAAGAGAUCAAGGGUCUGCUGGUUGCCCUCCAGCCUCCCCGGGGGGCUUCCCCAGCUGCCGGACGGGGGUCCUGGUCCUUGGAGAAUGUGGAGGUGGAGGAGGAAGAGCAGGAGGACCUGUACACAGCCCCCGAGCAGCCUUCGCAGGGGGCAGAGACGGCCCUUGCAGCUGCCAGGGCGGAGGAGGAGGAGGGGGCGCUGGAGGAAGGACCUCUGGCCCUGCGGAGCAGCGCGGCCGAGGAGGAAGAGGAGGCUCAGCUGCUGCUGGCCAUCCAGCAGUCGAUGGACAGCGCCCGGCGCGAGGAGGAGGAGCUGCGCCGGGCUGUGGAGCUCUCCCUCACCAGCUGGGCGCAGGAGCAGGCGCCCAGUGCCGACGCCACCCUCCUCUCUGCCCUCCACAUCUCCCUGGAGGACGCCAGGCAGGCGGCCGACUCGGCUCAGGUGGUCGUCUUCCUGGGGGCGGAGGAGGACGCAGCCCCCCUGGCGCGGGAGCUGCAGGCCGCCCUGCGGGCCCAGCUGCGGGAGGAGAGGGUGCCCCACGCUGCCCUGCGCUCCCUGGCGCCGCCCUGCCUGGCCUACCUGGCCCACCUGGAGCGCAAGCACGCCGUGCGCAUCUCACUGGACGGGGAGGUGGCCGUGGUGCGAGGCUUCGCCGACUACCCCCUGGCCGCCACGCGGGACCUGGCGCUGCUGCUCACCCGGCUGCUGCGCACGGAGGCUGUGGGGGACCCUGGUGACGCUUGCUGGGUGCACUGGGACCCCCAGGGAGCCUCCGCCCCAUACUCUGUGCAGGCCAGCGCCCUUCUGGAGCAGGCGUGGGGUCGGGGGCUCAAGCGCCUGGACGUCUUCUUUGACGGCCGCCCCUUCGCCAUCGACUUCGAGCGCAUGGAAGAGUACGAUCUGGGCAGUGCCCGCACUGUGCCCAUUGGCCGCCUCCCAGGUAGGCUCUGCCACCCAAUUCAGGUGUGGUCUUCCUCUCCAGGGCUGAAUGGGCUGCCUCUUGGCCCAAGAGCGGCCGUGGUGUGGGGGGAGGGCCCCUCCGAGCCCACGCUCUCCUCCUGACGGGCAGUGCCCCCUCUGUAGGUUCUUCUGCCCCUGUGGGGCUGGACGACGGGGAGGCGAGGCUGGUGCAGCUUGUGGAGGGAACAGAGGAGUUCCGGGAGACGGUGCGCCAUUUCUACGACACCCUGGAGGACAUGCACAACAAGAUCCGCAUCGUCAAGGUAUUUGGGGGGGGGCACUGGUCUGGGACAGCCGGGGGCAUGAUGCUGCGGAGCAAGGGGAGCCAGCGUGGCGCCCGUGGGCACUCAUGUGCCCCUGCUGGAAUUAGACUAGCAAGAAGCUUGACCCGACAAAUGGCCGUCCAACCUCUGCUUUGAAACCUCCAAGGAAGGAGAGUCCAGCAUGUCUUUUGGGAGUCUGUUCCUCUGCUGAACAGCUCUUACUGUGAGAAAGUUUUUCUGUAUGUUUAGUGGGAAUCUCUUGUCAAUUUAAGCCAUGGGUUCGAGUCCUACCAUCCAGAGCAGGCGAAGAUAAUCAUGUUCCCUCUUCCCUGUGACAGCCCCUGAGACAUUUGAAGAUGGCUCUCCCAUCUCCUCAAAGUCUCCUCUUUUCCAGGCUAAACAUCUCCAGCUCCUUCAACCGUUCCUCAUCAGGCCUAGUUUCCAGAUCCUUGAUCAUCUUGGUUGCCCUCCACCGCACACAUUCCAGCCUGUCAACGUCCUCCUUAAAAUUCGGUACCCAGAUUCCACUAGGGGGACACUGUAACAGUCAUAAAAGUUCUUAAAUACUUUACUUCUUCUUUGAGUCCCCCCAAUUCACCAGAAAAAUAACAGUCUAUCUUAAACAGUUACUUUAAGACCAGGAGAUGCCUAUCAGCAAUAUUGUAUCCAAAUUGUAUUUCCAGUGCAGGACUAGCUGUCAAAAUAUGUUCAAAGACAGUACCUUUUCUCCAGCUUUUUAUUGUCGCUGGGAACCCGUUCCCAGGGGAUUGAGCAGUGGUUUUUAUCUUCUCACUUCUUCUUAAUGAAGUGACAUUCAAAGCUUCCCCCCCUCUUCCCUCAAGUUGAGGGGGAAAAGUCCUGGUUAGAUGAUUGGAUUGAAGUCCUUUUAUGCGUCUUUUAAAGCUUCCGCUUUCAAGUUCAAUGCUUUGUUUUAUCUACACAAGCGGGAGGCAGACUUCCUUUUUAUACCUCUCCGCUUCGGCCAAAUUCUUUUCAAAUUUGUACAGUUCCUUAAUUGCAUUAAAAAUUGUACUCACGGAUCGUUGUUUUCAAAGCCAAAUUUUCAAGGAAGAAAGGCAACGCUCUCCGGUAACAGCUGCGCGGCUUCACUCCACAGAAGAAGCAGACGACUCACAGCACAGCGCUGCUUCCCCCGUUCCGUUCCGGAGCCCGUUGCCGGGUUCCUUCACGGAUUGGGGGGGCGCAAAACGUGCCCGCCGAGUCCCAAGUUCACAGGCUUCACCCGCCUGUGAUUUCAGGGGUCCCCCGCUACGCCGAAGCGGGAUCUGACCCUGUUUCCGUGGAGCGGUUCCCUCCAGAUUAGAGGGAAUCCGCCAUUAACCGAUGGCGCCACCUCUGGAAGUCCUGACUUUAUGACUGUUACAGUGUCCCCCUAAUGGAAUUUGGAACUUGUUACAACUAGUUACAAUUGCAGCUGGCCUGAGGAUUUUCCCACACUGUCUUUUUGGAACUUUCCACUUCAAAACAAUUCUGAAUUCAACUGUGUGACUGACCUUGAGUUUUAUCUAGAGGGGGAUGGCAGAUGGAAAAGAGAAAUUAGAGUCGCUACAAGCAACAAGGUCGGGCAAAGUUUUGCGAACAGACGGUGGAUUACAAAGAAGAGCUUCGACCUCUGGCCCCUCUGGGGUUCUAACAGCAGCCCCAUCGGCACAACCCAAAACUAAAGGUAUGGCAAAUGAAGAUGCCUUUGCUCAGGUUUUGGCUAAAAUUAAUGAAUCUUUGGACAGAAUAAGCAGACAAGUAGCAGAGGCAUCAGACAAGAUUGAUCAAAAUACAACAAGUAUUAAUCAAAAUACAGUAAGUUUAAAUAAUUUGGGCCAGAAAGCAAAUACUAAUACAGAGACUAUUCAGAAACUAUUAGAGGAAUCAGCCUCAACACGUCAGAUUGCCGAAGAGGCUAAAGAAAUUGCUACAGCGUCUGUUGCAGAGGUUCAAGAGAAGAUACCACCGUUACAUAAACAACUUGAAGACCAUAAGUUAACCCUGUCUAUGAUUGAGUUGAAAGAGAAACAAGUGAAUUUAAGGGUCAGAGCAGUACCUGAAGUGGAGAAAGACAAUUUAACUGAUUUUCUUACGCAGGAAUUCUUAGACUUUUGGAAUCCAGAAUUGGUAAAAGACAGUUUCAAAAUAGUGAAUGCUUUUAGACUUGGAAAAGGAGGAGGAAAGAAGGUGAGAGACUGUUUGAUUACUCUCCGAACAAAAGAAGAGAGGGACAAGAUCUUGGGUUUGCAUUUCCAGAAGACACUGGAAAUACAUCAGACAAGAGUGGAGAUAUUUAAGGACAUUCCGAAACACCUUCUGGAUCUCAGAUCUAACUAUAAAGACUUGGUCACUUUGUUGAAAAGUAAUAGAAUCAACUUCAGGUGGGAAUUUCCUCAAGGCCUAUCUUUUAGUUACAAAGGAAAGAAGAGGAAAAUAAGAUCGGAAGAUGACAAAGACAAAUUCUGGAGAGACCACGGAGAAGACCUACAAAAGAAAGUCACAGGAGAGCUAAGAACAAUUGCAAGAGAAACUUUAGACAUACCAGGACUAUCUCUGGAACUAAAAGACCGCCUGAAAAACGUGAUACCACCGACGGAACAGGAACAGGCAUUAGGUGCCGUUGGAGGAGAACUAAAAUAAACACAUCAUGGCCCUGCAACUACUAACCUGGAACUGUCAUGGUCUGAAUUCCCCUCAGAAAAGGAAAUCAGUGUUUCACUUAUUAAAAAAGGAACAAUUGGAUUUGAUCUGUCUACAAGAAACACACAUAACAAGAUUACACAGGAAAUUGUUGAUAAAUAAAAGACUUGGUCAGGAGUUUAUUUCAUCGGACAAAGUUAAAAAAAGAGGGGUUGUGAUUUAUGCAAAGGACAGACUAUCACCGAAAUUUAUUUUUAAAGAUGACCAAGGAAGAUUUGUGGCAAUUGAAAUUCAAACACAAGGAGAAAAAUUUUUGAUAGUAGGAAUCUCCGCACCAAAUGAUGGGAAAUCUGAAUUUUUUAAGAAGUUGCAUGAGACACUGAUGGACUAUUUGGAUUACAACAUGAUUUUGAUGGGAGACAUGAAUGGAGUGGUAUCUACAUAUAUGGACAAGGCACAAAGACAGGUAGUCACUAAGGAUGGUAGACUACCGAAAACCUUUUUUGACAUGACAGACAACUUGGACUUAGUUGAUAUCUGGAGAAUAAGAAACCCCAUGGCUAAAGAGGGAACCUUCUUUUCUGAAGCCAAAAUGACAUGGACAAGAAUUGACCAAAUUUGGAUAACUAGAGGAAUGGCACCAAAGACAAGAAAGGUGGAAAUCUCCCCGAAAACUUGCUCCGACCACAACGCUGUUAAGAUGGAAAUGAGAUUAACACCAACUGGCUCCUUUAGAUGGAAGAUGAAUGACACCUUAUUUAGAGAUGAAGAAGUGCUUAAGAAGGCCCAAAAAACCUUGAGAGAUUAUCUUGAGAUAAAUUUGAGUACCAACGUGGAGAAAAGAGUAAUCUGGGACGCAAGUAAAGCGGUUAUGAGAGGGUUCCUAAUACAACAGAACGCAGUAACGAAGAGAAUUCAAAAUGAGAAGAAGGAUAAGAUAUUGGACAAAAUAAAGGAAGUUGAAAAAAGACUGAGAGUAAACCCAAAAUCUCAAGAGAUUUUGAGAGAGUUAAAGUUAUAUCAAGUACAAUACAUGAAAAUGAUGAAUCAGGAAAUAGAAUGGAAAAUUAAACAAAUGAGACAAAAGACAUUUGAGUCGGCUAACAAAUGUGGUAAAUUGUUGGCAUGGCAAAUGAAAAAGAGACAAAAAUUAAACACAGUUACGAACUUAGAAGUGGAAGGAAGAAAUAUACAGAACCCAGCAGAGAUUAGAAAUUGUUUCCAGAGGUACUUUAAACAACUAUAUACGCAAGGGCCACUGAAAGAAACAGAUCUAGAUCAAUUUUUGAAAACAAAUGGAUUACAAAAAAUAUCUCAAGAAAACAAACUAAUGUUGAACUAUAAAAUAACUGUACAAGAGGUAGAAGGUGCCAUUCAAAAUAUGCAGUUGGGUAAAUCUCCAGGACCGGAUGGACUGACUUCUAGAUAUUACAGAUCUUUGAAAGAAUGGUUAAUACAACCUUUGAAAGAGGUCUGUAAUGAAAUAAUGGAGGGGAAAAGAGCACCAGAGUCGUGGAAAGAAGCUUAUAUUACACUUGUACCGAAAACAGAGACUGAAAAGACACAGCUUAAGAACUACCGCCCUAUAUCAUUACUUAAUGUGGAUUACAAAAUCUUUGCUGACAUUUUGGCCAAGAGAUUUAAAAAAGUGUUGAUGGAAGAGAUUCAUAAAGACCAAGCGGGCUUUCUCCCAGGAAGACAUCUGUCUGACAAUUUGAGGAAUAUAAUUGAUAUUCUGGAAAAACUAGAAGUGAACAUAAACACUAAAGCAGUUUUGAUAUUUGUGGAUGCGGAGAAAGCCUUUGACAACAUUUCUUGGAACUUUAUGAAGAAGAAUCUACAGGGUAUGGGGGUAGGCCAAGGUUCUGAAAACGGUAUAAGUGCAAUUUAUUCAGAACAAAAGGCUAAAUUAAUUGUAAAUAAUGUUGUGACGGAAGAACUUAAAAUUGAAAAAGGGACACGACAAGGUUGCCCAAUUUCCCCACUUCUUUUUAUUUCGGUCCUGGAGGUUUUGCUGAACAUGAUUAGAAGGGACCGGUUGGUUAAAGGUAUACAAGUCGGAGCCAAACAGUACAAAUUGAGAGCAUUUGCAGAUGACUUAGUAUUGACGUUACAGGAGCCAGAAUCUAGUACUAAAAGGGUUUUAGAACUAAUUCAAGAAUUUGGUCGACUGGCAGGAUUUAAACUGAACAAGUUAAAAACUAAGGUUUUAGAGAAAAACUUAACACCGAUUGAGAGAGAGAGGUUUCAGAAUGAGACAGGCCUAACAGUGGUUAAGAAAGUUAAAUACCUGGGGAUUAACAUGACAGCAAAAAAUGGGAAUUUAUUUAAAGAUAAUUAUGAAAAAUGUUGGGCGGAAGUGAAAAAAGAUUUAGAAAUUUGGUCAAAUUUGAGGCUUUCACUGCUGGGCCGUAUUGCUGCGAUAAAAAUGAAUGUAUUGCCUAGAAUGUUGUUUUUGUUUCAAACUUUGCAAAUUGUGGACAAAAUGGAUUGUUUCAAGAGGUGGCAGAAAGAUAUUUCUAGAUUUGUCUGGCAGGGCAAGAAGCCCAGAAUAAAAUUUAAAAUACUAACGGAUGCAAAGGAAAGAGGUGGAUUUGCCCUGCCAGACCUUAAACUUUAUUAUGAAUCAGCAGCUUUUUGCUGGCUGAAAGAAUGGCUGCUUCUUGAAAACACUGACAUUUUGGACCUAGAAGGGUUUAACAAUGUAUUUGGAUGGCAUGCAUAUCUGUGGUAUGAUAAGGUCAAAGCACAUAAAGCAUUUAAAAAUCACAUUGUCAGGAAAGCACUAUUCAAUGUUUGGAUAAGAUACAAGGAUUUAUUAGAAAAUAAAACUCCAAGAUGGCUGUCACCAAUGGAAGCGAAAGCCUUGAAAAAACUCAAUAUGGAGGUCAAAUGGCCAAAAUAUUGGGAAAUUUUAGAACAAGAUGGAGAUAGACUGAAACUGCAGAGUUUUGAAAAAUUAAAAAACAAAGUGCGAGACUGGCUCCAUUACUUUCAGAUAAUGGAGGCAUUUAAUUCGGACAAGAAAAUUGGCUUCCAGGUGGAAAAAUCAAAAUUAGAAACUGAAUUGUUAGAACCCAAAACUAAGAAUUUGUCAAAGAUGUAUAACUUGCUGUUAAAAUGGAACACUCAGGAUGAAACGGUGAAAUCUGCUAUGAUUAAAUGGGCACAAGACGUUGGACACAACAUCAUGUUUGCUGAUUGGGAGCAGUUAUGGACCACAGGUAUGAAAUUUACGGCAUGUAAUGCCCUAAGAGAGAAUAUUAUGAAAAUGAUAUACAGGUGGUACAUAACCCCAGUUAAGCUUGCAAAAAUCUAUCAUUUGCCCGAUAAUAAAUGUUGGAAAUGUAAAGAAACUGAAGGUACAUUUUUUCACCUUUGGUGGACGUGCCCAAAGAUUAAGGCUUUCUGGGAAAUGAUAUAUAAUGAAAUAAAAAAGGUAUUUAAAUAUACCUUCCUGAAGAAACCAGAGGCCUUUCUCCUGGGCAUAGUCGGCCAAACGGUGUUAAAAAAGGAUAGAACUUUAUGUAUGCAACAACAGCAGCAAGAAUACUUAUCGCAAAGUAUUGGAAGACACAAGAGCUACCCACACUGGAGGAAUGGUAGAUGAAAAUGAUGGACUAUAUGGAAUUGGCGGAAAUGACAGGUAGAAUCCGUGACCAGGGAGAAGAGUCGGUGGAGGAAGAUUGGAAGAAAUUCAAAGACUGUCUGCAGAAACAUUGCAAAAUUAAAGAAUGUUAGAGUGAUGUUGGAUUGAAAAUAAGUGGCUUCUAGCUAUACAGGCUUUAAAGUUAUAUAUAGAUCAAGAUUAAGGAUUAGGAUUAAAAAAAAAAAAGUUAAAGGAAAUGGAAAUUUGGCUUUUAAGAGGUAAAAAUUCAAUGUUAUAUUAUAUUAAGAUUAAGGAUUGGGAUUAAAAAAGAGGGAAAGAAAUUGCUGGACAAACAAAUUGAAUUGGAAUACAAAAGAGGGAGGUAUGAGGAGGUCCAGAAAAUAAGUAAAUUUAAAAAUGGUGAUGAAAAGGUGGUAUUGUUUUUAACUGUUUUCUUUUUUGUCUUUUGUUUUUUGUUUUUUUGGAUUAUGUAUUGUGUAUUUUUGAACUGUGUACUUUUCUUUUUUCUUUUUAAUUUUUUAUUGAUGUGUUCUUUUUAUUGGAAACUCUAAUAAAUAUCAUUUUAAAAAAAUAAAAAAAUAAAAUUCGGUACCCAGAAUUGGAUACAGCGGUGGGGGCUGACAGUUGUUUGACCCACCUUUCAAUCUUUUCUGGAUGUUCAUGAUGCCUUGACUAGCAAGUAGACUGGGCAGCAGUGAGUUGGUGCAGGAUCACAAAUUGUCAGAGACCCGACUGAGGAUUACAGCUCUGAUGAGGAACGGUGGGAACCUCCCCCUCUUCCUGCUCCUGACCAGGAUCCUGAAGCUGCCCAGGAACAGUGGAGCAGCAUAGAUUUAGAGAACUGGUUUGCAGAGGGGCAUAGUUUGGAAAACAACAGCUGGGCAGAACUGAGUGGCGAACAGCCAGGAGAAGCAGAAGAGGAAGAGAGAACUGAUUCCCCUUCGCUAGACAGUGUCCAGCCUCUCUCUCCCAGGAGUGCUGAUAAGGUUGCUAUGCAGAAGGCUCAGUGGUUGUGAGAUCAGGUUGCAAGAAGGGGGAAGUGAUGGAGAUAAUUUGGGGGGUAGGAGUAGGAGGAAAGCUUAAUUGGGAGCACCUGCGCUUCGAGAAUGGCUGCGUUUCUCCACAGCCUGGCACAAAGAGUGCACUUCGUGGCUGAGGUCUGGCCCAGGUCCUCGUCCGGCACUCUAACCACUGCACCACCGCUGCCUCUGCCUUCAUAGUCCCUCCUUUUCCCCCCGUGCCCGGCAGGUGGAGAAGCUGCUGCACCCUCUUCUCUACCAGCAGUACCAGCUGAAGAAGGUGGCCCUGCUGAACGUUUGCGGGCGCCGGGAUGUGGAGCGCCUCCUCUUCCACGGCACCACGGAGGAGUCCAGCCGCGAGAUCUGCCUGCACGGCUUCAACCGCAGCUUCUGCGGAAAGAACGGUGAGCCAGGGGUGGGGAGGGGCUGUAUUCAGGGAGCCUGGAGCACCCAGGAGGGCUCCCACAAGGGCCCCAGAUCUAGCAGCUUCCAGAGUUUGGGCCCCAACAUUGGGCAAAAAAAAUCUGAGAGUCGUGGGCGAGGGGCAAAAGAUUCCUGCCUUGCAGGGGGUUGGACUAGAUGACCCUCAUGGUCCCUUCCAACUCUACAACUCUACAAUUCUAUGAUUCUCUGCUCUCCUUCGGACCUCCCUGGGCACUUGCUCCUGCCUGGAAAUGGACACCUUGCCUAGAGUGUCGGACUGGGAACUGGGAGAGCAGAGUUCGAAUCCCCACUCAGCCGUGAAGCUCCCUGGGUGACCUUGGGCCAGUCACCAUCUCUUAGCCCAGGGCUCAGCAAACUUUUUGGGGAGGGGGCCAGUUCACCAUCCCCCAGACCUUUGUUGGGAUACUGCCGGGAAGAUGGGGGCAUCAGGCAGGCCCCCAGCUGGCUCCAGCCACUGGCUGGCAGCUGGUCUCCCUUGGAACAGCAUCAAUUAGCGACACAAGCCUCAGAUAUGUUUAGAAACCCGUGCACGCUCUGUCAGCAAAGUGUGUAAAUCAUCACACAGCAGAAGAGGUGGACAGAGAAAUGUGUAAGCAUAAUGUACAGUGGUACCUCGGGUUAAGUACUUAAUUCGUUCUGGAGGUCUGUUCUUAACCUGAAACUGUUCUUAACCUGAAGCACCACUUUAGCUAAUGGGGCCUCCUGCUGCUGCCGCGCUGUCGCUGUGCGAUUUCUGUUCUCAUCCUGAAGCAAAGUUCUUAACCUGAAGCACUAUUUCUGGGUUAGAGGAGUCUUUAACCUGAAGCGUAUGUAACCUGAAGUGUAUGUAACCUGAAGCGUAUGUAACCCGAGGUACCACUGUACAACAUUUUAUUCAGCAUAGUUCAGGAACAGAGGAAAACAUGUCUGCUUCCCUUCGUCUCCAGCAAAACAGCAGCAGUGCAAAAGCUAUAUACAAACGGAAGUUCCCGGAAAGCGCUGUGCUGGAAAUGUAAAUGGGCAUGUGACACACAAUAGUCAUGCCUGUCCCUUUUAAGGUGGAACGGAACUAUAUCCUAACGACCUUGUGGCGGGCUAGACCCCACGCGUGUGGGGCAGAGGAAGCUUCUCUCUCUCCCCCAGCCCCUCCCCUCCCCCUGCCUCCCUAUGCUGCUGCCGUCGGCGCUGUGCUCUCCCAACCGCAGCUCCUGUGCCUGCCCUUGCGAGCGGCAGAGGGAUGAGUGGCCCGAAAGUGCUGGCUGGCUCCAGAGAGGCGCUGCCCAAAAUGGCGCUCAACCAGCUCAGCUCAGCUCAGCCCCCUUCCUCCUCUGCACAGGGCGGGGAGAAGUCAGGAGAAGGGAGGGAGGAGGCACUGCGGUGUGUGAGAGGCAGGGGGGGAAAGAGUGCCAGGAAAAAAAUGACACCGAAAAACAAACAAACAGAAUUGCCGAUCCACAGAACGUCCACGGGCCAGAUCCUGAGGGCAAUUGGGCUGGAUUUGGCCCGUGGUCCGUAGUUUGCCGACCCCCGUCUUAGCCUAACCGACCUCACAGGGUUGUGAGGAUGAGAUGGGGAGGAGAAGAGGAAACAUUAAAACCCCCUUGAGAUCCUUGGUAGAAAAAACAUGGUCUAUAAAUGUAAGAAAGAAACUAAGUAUAUAAUAAACAGAGGGAAGGUUUAGCUUUGAAAGUUUGGCAUUGCAAGAGGGUUUGAUAGAUUCACGGAGGAGGGGGCUUGCAGUGGCUGCUAGCCAGGAUGGAUAUGCUCUGUCUCCACGGCUGGAGGCAGCAAUGCUUGCUGGGAACCACAGGAGGGAAAAGUUCCUCUUGGGCACGGAUCCUGCUGGAAGGUUCCCUAUAAGGGGCAUGUGAGAACACUACUGUCCUGGUGACUUUUGGACUGACCCAGCAGGUGAGGGUUCUUCACCAGCCAUGCUUUGGAAAACAGCAAGGCUUGUCCCUCCUUGGAGAAUUGUUCGGAGCAGAGCCCCCAGGUGGACACAGGGGGAACUGCAGGUCCUUUGCCUGCUGCUCUGGAACUCCCCAAGCCUUGCAGGCGUUAGGCAGCUUGCAGGAGGUGCUUUGGGGCUGGGGGAGACCUCAGGAAGAGCCAAGGGGUCCUACACUGCCUGCGUCCCAUUUCCUGACCCCAGCCCCCUCUCCCUUCCUCCUUGUCCCUCCAGCCACACGCUACGGCCACGGGGUCUACUUUGCCGUCAAGGCCGUCGUCUCCGUGCAGGAGAUGUACUCCCCCGCCAGCAGCGACGGCAACAAGUACAUCUUUGUGACGCGGACGCUGACCGGGGACUAUGCGCUGGGCAACCCGAGCAUGCGGGCGCCGCCCCUGCGGGAAGGGGACGCCGUGCCGCGGCGCUACGACAGCACCGUGGACAACCUCCGCAACCCAGGCGUCUUUGUCAUCUUCAACGACACUCAGGCGUAUCCUCAGCACCUCAUCACCUGCCGCUGGUCCAAGCAGCCCUGAGGGGGGCAGGGGGGGGGCUGCUGUUCCCCUCUCCCCCAGGGCUGCCAGGCAAAACUGAGCAAGGGGGUGGGCAAGGAUGCCGGUGGCCAGACUGUCUGAUUUGGGCCUUCCUGAGGGGGCAGAGACAGCAAGACUCCACUGGGCACCAGCCUUGGUUCAGACUGGAUCUGCUACGGACCCUGCUUUCAACAUAUUACCUCUUUUUGUGGCGGGGGGCUGCUGAUUCUGCUGCCACCUACUUGGGGCAUCACGUUGGGGGUGGUUUGAAGGAUGGAGAAGCCAUGCAUUAAAAGGCACACAAGGAAAAGU